CUCCCAUCGAUUAUAUUCCGUCAUGACUGAAAACAAAAUAAAUGCGAGGAAAAUCUGGUGACUUGUUUGGAAAGAAAGGGGUGAUGAGGACAACCUAUGAGAAGAAAUCAGCUCUCCCACAAUCAGCUUCACCAUGGCCCGCCCCAAGGAACAGGCUUCAAGGACGGUCACUGGGUAUCAGAGUGCUGCAUUUCUAGAUAAAUGUAUCAAAGAAAAAAGAUCGUGUCAAGGCCAAAUUAGCACAACAACUGCGGGACGAUGUUUUAUGCAUGUUAAGUGAAGAGAUCCACACAGACCUGACAGUGACCAAUGGCAGCAAGCACAUCCAAGCACAUAAGGGAAUCUUCCUAACAAGGGUUGGCUCGAUUUUCCCAGAACUGCAAAAUGAUGCAGAAACUAUAGUGUCGUUGAACAACCUGAGUAACACCGACCUGGAUACCCUGGUCAGGGAGGUGUACUACGUGGAGAAUGUGCUAUACAUGCACAACUACAGGGACGACCUACUCCAGCUAAAUGGCGACACUCAACACAACAACGGGAUAGAGAAUGGGGACGUGGAGCCAGUGAGCAUCAAGGAGGUGAUUCUAGAGGAGGGUCACAAUGGUGAUGUGGGGGAUAUCCUGGAGGAGCAGCUCACAUUGUCAGGCAGUAAACACAAACAGGCUACCAUUCUGGAUGAGGAGAUCCUCCCAGCUGAAGUGCCUUUGAAGCAAGCUUUGCCAACUGUCAGUUCCAGCGACAGUGCUAACCUCAGUGACAGUGACUCUAAAUGUGGAGUACCAGCAGCUGACAAUGACCUGGAACAUGAGAACAGCAAGCUGGAGGACUCAACCAAUGGAAUGGCAGCUGACACUGACCUGGAACAUGAGAACUCCAAGCUGGAGGACUCAACCAAUGGAAUGGCAGCUGACACUGACCUGGAACAUGAGAACUCCAAGCUGGAGGACUCAGCCAAUGGAAUGGCAGCUGAGACUGAUUCUCCAGUGUUAGAUGAGUCCCCUAGUGACCAGCUGUCGGAGAUGCCCCACAAUCAGACCCUGCCUCAUGAGACAUGCAGUAAGCUGGGGACGGACCUACUCAGGAUGUUUCUACAGGAGAUCAGCUGUGACACCACACUGGUUGUGGCGGGCCAGGAGUUCAAGGCACACAAAUACUUGCUGGCUGCCCGGAGCAGGUACUUCGACGCCAUGUUCGGGGGACUAUGGUCAGAGAGUGGUGCCAAUAAAGUGAUUCUUGAGGGUGUGUCGCCCCUUGCUGUGGAGCAGGCCCUCCUGUACUUAUAUGGAGGUGUCAUUGACAUCAUUGAGCCGUGUGAGCUGACAGAACUCAUCCAGGUGGCUGACAUGUACGGCCUGGACGGACUCAAGGAUGUUGUGUGCUACCAUGUGAAGAAGGACAGCUGUCACUUCUACCAUAAGCCAUGUCCAGCUUGUGCAGCCACGGCAGCCCACGCCCUGACUUUGUCUGUCACCUACAGACUGGAGGAAGUGAAAGAUCGCACCUUCAAGUGGAUGAACAAGUUCUUCACCAAGAUUGUAGCUACCAAGCAGUUUGCGGGAAUGCCUGAUCCAGUACUGGAGAUGUGCAGUGACUUCAUGAUAGAACAGCUGUCAGAUCAAACUGUGAUAGACACAAUCCUCGAGUGCCACAAACUCACCAGCAAGCUGCCCAGAGUGAAGUGGGCAGAACCUGUGCUGGAGCUCACCUCGAAACUGAUGGACUGUGCCAUUGACUUCACAAGUCAACACUUUGUGACAGUGGUGCGAUCUCAGAGGUUCCUGUCUUCCGGGAAGAAUGCUGCCUGGAGCGUGAGUGUGUUGGAGGACAUUUUCAGCAACGUGAUUGAUGCCUUGCCGCCACCGAAAGCGUGUGAAGCCUACUGCGCCCUGCUCCGCUUUCACCAACACUCUAUAGAGCACGAGUGUCCAUGGGGAGAGGACAUGGAGGCCUUGCUGAGUACGCUCAUCUCGUACAGUGAGACGUACAUGAAGCACUACAUCCACCAGGUGACGCUGUCCCCAGACUGGAGGAACCUGCCAGCUGACAUCAGGGAAAGGAUUCUCAAAAGUGCCUCAUAUGUUUGUAUAGAGCAGGAUCUAACAGCCAUGACACAACCACCACUGCUCUCUAACAAGAAGUUAAACAGAGAUGGUCACAAAACAAGAAGCAGGCCAAACAGCAGCAGGUCAGCUAGGAAUGAUCAAACCUCGGACAACUCCCAGUCUAGGAAAUCAACUCAAGUAAGAAAGACACCAGACAGACCAGGUCGAGCCCAACCAUCACUAGGAAGGUCAUCUGAUCCAUCAAGGAGAUCACCACUUCGACCCAGCUCACCUUUCGGAUCAACUGGUUCACGGCCACAGUCAGCCAAGGACAGUAUGCCAAGAGCACAAAGGUCACCUCCAAAAAUGUCUGGGAAGAGAGACAAUGACUCCAAACCACAGUCUGCUCAUUAUAGUUCAAGGUCACAUGAACACCAACCGCCUAAACAAGCCACCCCAUCCCGACCCCCACCGACAUCGUCAAGGCUCCAACAGAUGUCACGUGAAUCACCACCUGCUAAACAGGCCAUCCCAUCCCAACUCCUACCGACAUCGUCAAGACUCCAACAGAUGUCACGUGAAUCACCACCCAGUAAACAGGCCACCCCAUCCCGACCCCCACCGACAUCAUCAAGGCUCCAACCGAUGUCACGGGAAUCACCACCCCCUAAACAGGCCACCCCAUCCCGACCCCAACCGACAUCGUCAAGGCUCCAACAGAUGUCACGUGAAUCACCACCCCCUAAACAGGCCACCCCAUCCCGACCCCCACCGACAUCAUCAAGGCUCCAACAAAUGUCAAGCUACAGCCCCAGAAUGAUGCAGCCGAGAAGUAGGCUAAGUUUGUCUCCCUCUCCAGGCCCAAGAGGAGAAUCAUCAAGGUCACGUUUACCACAGCGGGUCAUGCCGUCACUACGCCCUGCUCGAAGCACAGGUAGUCUCAACCGAUCAUGUGACUUGAGGGACAGCCAGCGAAGUGUAUCAACCAAUAACCUUGACUUUGAUGCGUGGGGACUUAGACGCCGUGAAUACUCCAUGGCCAGUCUCGACACAUUGGUACCAAUACUGGAGACAGCUUUCACCAUGCCAGAUAUAUCCGAUAUAGAGAAGUAGAAAGCCAACUUCAUAUGAUAUAUGAUUGACUUUAGUUAGAAACAAAUCCUGUGAGAAUUUCGGCAUUUGCUACAUUUGGACACAGCAAAGGUUAUAUUUGCUUGAUAUUUUACAAUUUUAGCCACGAGAACACAUAUGCAUGUAUUAUGCAAACCUUGAUCACAUGUGUUUUCAUGCAUUUAUACAAACUCUCUUUAUUGUGCAGGAAGUUUUCAAUAUUCAGUAUGGAUGCAGUUCUUUUUCUUAUCAGGAAAUCCUCAAUGUGCCUACAUGUAGGAGAUUAACACCAUAUAAAAUACCACAUGGAUUGUAUAAUUGUUUUUAAAUUGAAAAAUAUUCUUGCUCUGUCAUUGUAUUUUAGAUGCACAUUAUGUACAGUCAAUAGUACCAACCUCGUAUGAACAUGGUCACGUCAUUUCAACUCUUCUCGUCUGAAUCACCUUUGUGAGGAAUGACAGUCUGGCUGGUCAGGUACUCGGCGCUUCAUGUAUUGCCUGGUGGUUAGGGGUGAAACAAAUACACCAGAGGGAUUUCAUGCAACAGCACAAUACAUGAUACUUUUGUUUCUAUAUCAAUUCACCAAAUUGCGCAGAUCGAUGCUCAUGCUGUUGAUCACUGGAUUGUCUGGUCCAGACUCGAUUAUUUACAGACCACCGCCAUAUAGCUGGCAUAUUGCUGAGUGCGGCAUAAAACUAAACUCACUCACUAUAUCAAUUCAAGAUGAUACAGUUUUUUAACUAUUUACUACUCAUUUACUUUAAUGACAUUUUCCAUCCCUCAUUUUAUGCGAGUGCAGAGAAAGGGACAGCCAGGUGUGCGAGAAAGGAUGGAGACGGCACAGCACAGGCUAAUGAAUAAAAAACUUGGUGGGCACUUGUGCACGUGCUUCUCUAACAC